AUGGGCGAGCGAGCCAGGAGGGUGAAGGAGGCUGCCCGGGAAGGAGGAGCGCGCUCCGAUCGGGUGAACACGGACAGCGAGACCGCCGUGGUGAACGUCACCUACGCCAACCGGGAGCAGACCCGGCAGGCCAUCCUGAAGCUGAACGGGCACCAGCUGGAGAGCCACGCGCUCAAGGUCUCCUACAUCCCGGACGAGCAGCCCGAGAACGGGCGGCGCGGCGGGGCCGGGGCGCGCGGCGGGGCCCGGGCGGGCUCCCCGCCGCCCGCGGGGGCUCCCCCGAAGGCGCCGCCCCCGGACGUGCCCCUGCGGCUCCUGGUGCCCACCCAGUUCGUGGGGGCCAUCAUCGGCAAGGAGGGGGCCACCAUCCGCAACAUCACCAAGCAGACCCAGUCCAAGAUCGACGUGCACCGGAAGGAGAACGCGGGCGCGGCCGAGAAGGCCAUCAGCAUCCACUCCACGCCCGAGGGCUGCUCGGCCGCCUGCAGGAUGAUCCUGGACAUCAUGCACAAGGAGGCCAAGGACACCAAGACGGCUGACGAGGUCCCCCUGAAGAUCCUGGCCCACAACAACUUUGUGGGGCGCCUGAUCGGCAAGGAGGGCCGGAACCUCAAGAAGGUGGAGCAGGACACGGAGACCAAGAUCACCAUUUCCUCGCUGCAGGAGCUGACCCUGUACAACCCCGAGCGCACCAUCACGGUCAAGGGCUGUCCCGAGAGCUGCUGCCGCGCCGAGCAGGAGAUCAUGAAGAAAGUGCGCGAGGCCUACGAGAACGACGUGGCCGCCAUGAGCCUGCAGUCCCACCUCAUUCCCGGGUUGAACCUGGCCGCCGUCGGGCUCUUCCCGGCCUCCUCCACGGCGGUGCCGCCGCCCCCGAGCGGCGUCUCCGGGGCCGCUCCCUACAGCUCCUUCCUGCCCCCCGAGCAGGAGACCGUGCACGUGUUCAUCCCGGCGCAGGCGGUCGGGGCCAUCAUCGGCAAGAAGGGCCAGCACAUCAAGCAGCUCUCGCGCUUCGCCAGCGCCUCCAUCAAGAUCGCGCCCCCGGAGACGCCGGACUCCAAGGUGCGCAUGGUGGUGAUCACCGGCCCGCCCGAGGCGCAGUUCAAGGCGCAGGGCAGGAUUUACGGGAAGCUGAAGGAGGAGAACUUCUUCGGGCCCAAGGAGGAGGUGAAGCUGGAGACGCACAUCCGCGUGCCGGCCUCGGCCGCCGGCCGCGUCAUCGGCAAGGGCGGCAAGACCGUGAACGAGCUGCAGAACCUGACGGCGGCCGAGGUGGUGGUGCCGCGGGAGCAGACCCCGGACGAGAACGAGCAGGUCAUCGUCAAGAUCAUCGGGCACUUCUACGCCAGCCAGAUGGCUCAGCGCAAGAUCCGGGACAUCCUGGCGCAGGUGAAGCAGCAGCACCAGAAGGGCCAGGGCGGCCAGAGCCAAUCCCGGAGGAAAUAG